CUCAUUCAGUUCAAGAUGAGCAAGAUUGUGUUUCUUAUUCUGCAAGCUGUCCUUCAGUUGGCAGGCGGCACUUCACUGAGGGUCCUCAAGGCAAAUGUCGUGGCUCUGGACGUGUCAGAUCUGUCCAGCUCUGAGGUGUCACUGCAUUGUGGAGAGCAAUAUGAAGGAGAGCAGAUCCACUGGGAGAUGAAUGAGAAAAGCAUCUCUGAGACAGGAAACCGCAUCACUGUCACCAUAGACGGGCUGCGGGGGGGAAACUUCACGUGUCACAGAGCAAACCACAGAGAUACCCUGAACUACACACUGUUACUGGUCCAUCCCGUCAACUUUCCUAAAGGAGUUCUUACACACUCCAUUCACAGAGAAUUUGUUUCUUGUUUUGCGAGGAACUAUAACGGACAGUUUCAUUGCUCUUGGACGUGGCAUCAGGAACGGAAAGAAAGAGCCGUGGUAUAUUUCGCAGCAAUACGGAACUCUAGUUUGAUCAACUGCACUCUGGACUCUGAUAUCUCCGGACUGACGUGUAUCGACGAGGAUUACUGUCCGUACUCUGAAGAGCCUAGGAGCAUCAAUCUCACUCUGUUCGUCAGAAACCUGUAUCGGCUGGAGGAACACCAGAGGACUUUCAUCAUCCGGGACAUUGUCCAACCAGAUAAAGUUAAUAUCACCAAGAUCCAGGAUGAUGUGUUUGAGUGGCGCCCCCCUGGGACGUGGAGUUUCCCCUGCAGUUUCUUUCCCCUGUCCUAUGAGGUGAAAGUGGUUCCCAACAAUCAUAGCUGUGAUUCCACAGGAACUCGUGUUGAAAAAAUGGAAACCACUGAGACACAUUACAAGGUGAACGCCAAAAAAACAUAUACUUUCUGCGUUCGAGCUCAGGACACACUAACUAAAACACUUUGGAGUGACUGGAGUCGCCAUCAUGUAAGAAAACACCGGCACACUUCGGAACAAUAAAAGGUGUGUUGAUUUGUCUUUUAAUGGCCAUAUUGAUCAUUUUUAGUUGAUGUU